UGAUUCGAUCUUUUUCCGCUUUGAACUCUGAAGAUGGCGGUCGGUAAAAAUAAGGGUCUCUCUAAAGGAGGUAAAAAAGGUGGCAAGAAGAAGGUUGUAGAUCCCUUCUCACGCAAAGAUUGGUACGAUGUAAAAGCACCAAACAUGUUCGUGACCCGCCAGAUUGGCAAAACUCUGGUUAACCGUACCCAGGGUCAGAGAAUCGCCUCUGACUACUUGAAGGGUCGUGUGUUCGAGGUAUCAUUGGCUGAUUUGCAAAACGACAACGAUUCGGAUCGUUCUUUCCGCAAGUUCCGUUUGAUUGCUGAGGAUGUUCAGGAUCGCAAUGUGCUCUGCAAUUUCCAUGGAAUGGAUUUGACUACAGACAAGUACAGGUCCAUGGUAAAGAAAUGGCAGACACUUAUUGAAGCCAUUGUCGAAGCUAAGACCACUGAUGGUUACAUGCUACGCGUUUUCUGUAUCGGCUUUACUGCUAAGGAUCAACAAUCACAGCGCAAAACUUGUUACGCCCAACAGUCUCAAGUUCGUAAUAUUCGCUCAAAGAUGACUGAAAUCAUUACCAAUGAUGUAACCAGCGCUGACUUGAAGCAGUUGGUGAACAAGCUAGCACUUGACUCCAUUGCUAAGGACAUUGAGAAGAAGUGCCAACGCAUUUAUCCUUUGCAUGAUGUUUACAUUCGUAAAGUAAAGGUUUUGAAGAAGCCACGUUUCGAUCUGUCCAAAUUGUUAGAAUUACACGGUGAUGGCGGUGGCAAAGGUACUGAUGCUGUUGUUUCUUCGGAAGGCGCUGUUGUCGAAAGACCCGAAGGUUAUGAACCUCCAGUACAGGAAUCUGUUUAAUAUAAUAAUUAAUUAAACAACAUACACUUUAUAAUGUAGAAGAUACAAAGGAAAGAAAAGCCAAAACUCGCACAUAGGAGUUUUGCCGAAAAAACUUAA